AUGGUCCCCAGAAUUGGGAAGGACCAGGACCCAGUGAUUCCUGAUGGAAGGCAGACCCUGGAUGAUCCAAGCGCGCUCUCGCCAGCGCUCACGGGCACGGGGCUUGCGGGCGACCCGACGUCCCUGGGGCUCCCUCUCGCCGCCCGCGAGGCCUCCCCCGGUCAGACCUCCGUCCCCGGACCGCUACUCACCCGGGCCUCCCAACGUCCUGGCCCCGAACUUGGCCCGCCCGGGGGCGCAGGGAGCGAGCCCGGUGCCCAGGCGCUGCCGCGGCCGCCUCGCCUUUCGACUCGCCAGCCCUUCCUGCGGCGCGCCGGGGCCGGACGGCCCGGGCGGGCAACGUGGCCCUUCCCCGGCAGGCGGGGCGGGGCGGGGCGGACUGACGGGCGGGACCGACCGCCCUCCGCGUCCCGCCCCCCGGCCGGCGUCCGCGGCCCCCUCCUCCUGGCCCGCCUCCUUUCCCCGCCGCUUCUCAGGCAACCCAGGGCCCAAGUUUUCCCAGGCCCCCAACUUCGGGAGUCGGCUUUCCCGCUCCCUGGCGCAACCCUGAGGGUGGGCGCCCGACCCCGCCCCUGCCCUCGGCCCCCCAGCGCAGCCGCCCUGCCUGGAGCCGCGCCUCAAGUGGGCCCGCGGUCCAGGAAAGGCGUUCACCAAACCCCAGGCCAAGGGCGGGGAGCCGGUGCCCCCGCCCCAACCCAGGGGAGGCUGAGGGAGCCUGGGUGGGGGCCCCAGGGCGCGUGGGGCAAGGGCAGAAGAGGAACCAGGGGUGCCCGACGCGGGGCCGGGGGCAAGCACCUGUGCCAAAGCAAGCCAGGGCCAGCUGUGGCUUCUUCCCUUUUGUUUUUCCUUUGUGGGUGGGGAAUGAGAGCGUUAGUUCUGAGUAAAGAAAGCAGAGAGAGACCUGUCAGCAGGGCAGGCCCACCAGCCCUAGGCGGGAAGGACUCGGUCACAAGCUUUGGCGGGAGCACCAUGGACAAGCCCAGAACCGGUCUGCGCCUGGCUGGUGUUUUAAAGGGGAGGAAGGUGCGGAACUGAAGAGGAGGUGGAGGUGGACCCAGGCCCACCGAGGGGAGGGAGGGACAGCUUUUCCAUAGC